CAUCCAGACGACAUGAAGGCUUCAUCUGUGUCUCUGCUGCUCGGUGUGUCUGUGCUGCUGCUGUCUGGACUGACUGAUUCUGCAGAUUCUCAUGUUAUUCUGGAGAUUUCUGCACUUCCUGUGGUGGCAGGAAAUGAUGUCACUCUGCGCUGUAGAAGCAAAGAUCAGGUUGCACUCGAAGCCUUUUUCUUUAGGGAUGGUUCUAAACUUGGAUCUGGACCUAAAGGACAGUUUACCAUCAGGAACUUCCAACAGUCUGAUGAAGGUCUCUACUGGUGUUAUUUUGAUCAGACUGCUGAAUCUCCUCGGAUAUGGCUGAGUGUCAGAGAUGAUGAUGCUCAGGUUACUCUGGAUAUUUAUGCUCUUCCUGUGAUGGCAGGAAGUGAUGUCACUCUGCGCUGUAGAAGCAAAGAUCAGGUCGCACUCGAAGCCUUUUUCUUCAGGGAUGGUUCUAAACUUGGAUCUGGACCUGAAGGACAGUUUACCAUCAGGAACAUCAAUCAGUCUGAUGAAGGUCUCUACUGGUGUUAUUUUGAUCAGACUGAAGAAUCUCCUCGGAGAUGGCUGAGUGUCACAGAUUCUCAUGUUAUUCUGGAGAUUCCUGAACUUCCUGUGGUGGCAGGAAGUGAUGUCACUCUGCGCUGUAGAAGCAAAGAUCAGGUCGCACUCGAAGCCUUUUUCAUCAGGGAUGGUUCUAAACUUGGAUCUGGACCUGAAGGACAGUUUACCUUCAGGAACAUCAGUCAGUCUGAUGAAGGUCUCUACUGGUGUUAUUUUGAUCAGACUGCUGAAUCUCCUCGGAGAUGGCUGAGUGUCAGAGAUUCUCAGGUUAUUCUGGAGAUUUAUGCACUUCCUGUGAUGGAAGGAAGUGAUGUCACUCUGCGUUGUAGAACCAAAGACAAGGUCACAAAUAAAGCCUUUUUCAUCAGGGAUGGUUCUAACAUUGGAUCUGGACCUGAAGGACAGUUUACCAUCAGGAACAUCCAACGGUCUGAUGAAGGUCUCUACUGGUGUUAUUUUGAUCAGUCUGCUGAAUCUCCUCGGAGAUGGCUGAGUGUCAGAGCAUCUCCUCUCUUUUCUCUCUUCUUCCGAUUAAGAAUAACUGUGGGUUCUCUGGUUCUUCUGGUUCUUCUGGUUCUGGUCCUGGUCGGAGUUCUGUUGCUCCGCAGGAAUCAAACAGAUGCUGUCAGAUCUGCUCAAAGGAAACACACUGCAGGUCUGCCUUUGCUGACUGCUGCAGGUGCGGCUGUGUUGCUGAGUGGACUGCUUGUUUCUGCAGACUCCUCUCUGUCUGUGCUCAGACUCUGCUGCCAUCUAGUGGUCUUCUGUCCAUACUGCGUCUCUACUGGUCUGAUGCUGUCCAUCUGCUGCAGCAGGAAGACAGGAAACAAACCAGCCGUCUCCAUGGAGAUGACCCAGCGGGUUGGAGGAAGUGACGAAUUGGAUGGCGAUUAUGAAGACAUCACCGCUGAUGUCACCACUGAGCACGCCUUCUGAGCUGUGAACAGAGUGACAGCAGCUGUCUUUAACAUGGACUCUGAUCAAUAACAUGAUGGAUCUGAAGAUGAGAGUUUCUAUCAUCUGCUCUUAUGGAGAUGCUGCUGGAGAGCAUUGUCUUACACGUUGCUCCAGAAUCUUCCACAGGUGUGAAACCGGGUUGAGAUCUGGUGACUGUAAAGGCCGCAGCAUUUUAUUCACAUCAUUUUCAUCCUCACCAAAGCGUUCAGUGACCCUGCUGCACGAAGCAUCUGCAUCUGAUGUUCCUCCUCUCUUUGAUUCAGCUUCUUCCUUUCAUUUGUCCCCGUCUGUUUGUUGUAGAAGCCCUGCUUUUUGGUAGAUUUGCUAAAACCCCCUCAGCUCCAUUGUAGAAAAGGAGGAGGAGUUCUGAGGGAAGUCAGAUCUUUGAAGACCUUUUGGACCUUCUAGGUCUUUCAGAGCUCUUUUCCUUUUUGCUCAGACCUUUUGUCAGCUUUUACAUUUCUGCAGCCUUUUCAGACUCAGGAAUUCUGUUUGGUUUCUUUCUUUUUAUUCUCUUCUAUCUCAAAGUGUUUCUGGACGUAGGCUUUGUAUGUUUUUAAGCUUUGCUAAAUAAAACCAGGUAGAUCAUUUUGAUCUAUUGAAAGGUU